AUGGCUCCAAGGGGAAACUCCCUAGCGUUUAAUUCAUCAAAUUAUAGAAUAGAAACCAUAAAAAUGUGAAAAAAAAUCAAUGACACUGGCCUUUUUAAGAAAGACUUAAAAAUGUAAUAAAUUAUUAUUUUUUAUGAAUUAAAUUUUACAUUGAAUUUUCUCAAAUUGAUCGCUUAUUGUAUUAUUUUACGUAUUUAUAAAAAUUGGAGGGGGAAUUGGGAGCAAAUCGGACGGCUGAGAUUUCUUGUUUUUGAGUUGGCGGAGUGAUGAUCGGACUAAAAAUUAAUGACUCCUUAUCUACAAUAAAUCAAUUUCGCACUUUAGUUACUCUCUCUUGGUCAAAGAUGCGUUCCCGUCCCAUCCUUUGCUGAUUUACUGGAUAAACGGCGCCGUGUGGUACGAAAAACGAGGUGUCGUUUAAUGAGAAAUAACUCCCAAUCUCAGCGCAGUGCUUUUGCUUCCCCUCUCAAGACUUUUUGUUGUUUAGUAAAGUGCCUUUCAGCCUCUGACGGGGAAGAAAGGAGAGAGAGAGAGAGAGAGAGAGAGAGGGAGACGAGAACUAAACUAAUGAACGACCUCUACAAUGCGGGGGUGAGAGAGCAGAAUAACGAGAGCUGCUAUCCAAUACCCAGAAUAGCAAUCUGCAUUCUAGUGCCUUUGUUCGUGACUGGGCUUUCGGUUUCUGUUUUUAUAUUGAUUGUUGUCCACAAUCCCGUCUUUUUUCUUUCUUUCAUCUUGCUAUCUGCUUUGGUUUUAUCUCUCAUAACUUGGAACAGACAUAAUUGGAGGCAUAAGUAUGCUAUUUUUCGCUUUCUUCGCUCAUUCCCUGAUUCUGAGCUUGCUUCUGCACGUGAGGGACAGCUUGUUAAGAUCACUGGGGUUGUGUCAUGUGGGAGUGUUUCCUUGGAAUCUUCAUAUGAAAGGACCACCAGAUGUAUCUAUGCAUCUACACUUUUGUAUGAACAUGGAGGAUUUGGACCAAAGCCAAAUGAUGCUAAUACAUCAUGCUUCCAGUGGAAUUUAACAUAUUGUGAGAGGUUUUCAACCGACUUCUAUAUAACUGAUCAGAAGUCUGGUAUCAGAGCUAUGGUGAAAGCUGGUCCCGGUUGUAAAGUUGUGCCUCUGAUUGUUGAGAGCAAACUAGUGAGUACUACAAGACAUUGCAGAAUUCUAUCUCCUCACUUGAGGAAAUGGUUGCAAGAGAGAAACCUGUCAGUUGAAGCCCGUCUACUGCAGUUGGAAGAAGGGUACAUACAAGAAGGCAGCAUUGUAACUGUCAUUGGGGUGCUGCAUAAAAAUAACGAAAUUGUGAUGAUUGUUCAACCAGAAGAGCUUCUCUCUACGGGAUGCCUUUGGGAAAGGCUUCUUUUCCCCAUUGAUGUUGAUGGACUAGUAGUAGGAGUCUCCAGUGUACCUGGCCGCAUCAUGAACCCAGAUAACAGGCAAAGCAUUGAACAAUAAUGCCUAACUUAUUAGAAAAAUAGGGAAAUGUAGGAUGUUAGAGAUUCUGGUUGACAAAUUGAUUUCUUUGAGAAAUUUACCCUAUCAUGUUGCACAUGCACCUGUGCACUCAAUUUUGAUUUUAGUUCUUUUUAAUUAUCCAUGUAAUUAUCAAUUGUAAGAAACAAGUGUUUCAAACUUCAUAUACAACUAGUAAGUCCUCAAUACUAGGAUUCAUGUCUUGACCCA